AUGGAGAAGAAGAUUUUAGGUUUUUCUGAUAAUCUUGUAAAGCAGUACGUAACAUCGGGUUUCACGUUCAGUAUACUAUCUGUACGAAAAAAAGCCGUUGACAUCAAAAGGGCCAGGCCAUUUUUGUUUAAAACCUUCGAAGUGUACUUGACUCUUGUACAGAUUAGUAACAUAAAGCUCUUUGCUUGGAUGACACUCAAUGUUGGUUGUAGAUUUCAAGUUAUGAAUGAAGGAAUUCGACGCAGAAUGUCUAAAACAAAAAUAAAUGAUUAUACGAUACAAGACAAUUAUACAUUCUUGAAAACAUCGGCAAAGGUCCAUUCAGAGCUCUGCAAUAUAGCUAGAAGAGCUAUGAAACCAUUCAUUAUAAACAUAAUAAAUUGCGUUAUCAUGACGUUCGGCAUCACCACAUCUAUUAUAUAUGUGAUUUUUAUUGAACUGAAAAAUAGACUCAGUGCUAAUCAUGCCUUCUUUUAUUUCACUUUGAUCAUGACAUAUGUUUUACUAACGAUCCUCAUUGUCAGCAGUUGUAAUUGGACCAGUCAAAAGGCAGCUGAAACUAUGAAAAUACUUCAUAAAAUCACGAUGGAAAAUAUUACGAAAGAUCAUCAAUGUCUUGAUGAAAUGGCACGUGCGUUUUGCAUGCAAAUAGUUCAUCAUAAUCUGCAAUUCAAUGCAUGGAAUUUGUUUCUCGUUGAUUCCACGUUUCUGCAGUCGGUAGUAACUUUGAAGACUAUGCUACUACACAUUCCAACGGUCAAUUUGUAUUUUAAGAUCUGCAAUUUAUUUUUUCAGUUGGCAGAAGCAGUGACAACUUAG